CUUCGAGGCACGACUUGCAACCGAAAAACAGAAGAGAACAACAUCACUGAAACUGCUAACCAGUGGCAUCUGGCUCCCAGAAAUCCAAAGAGUAAGGUAUUCUAAGGUACACCUACCUAGGUCACAUACAAUGCAGUGUAGGCAUUGGCACUACUACUAAUCAUCCGCCUCCCCUUGAAGUCCAUCCCUGCUCGAUGCCUUUACAGUUUAUUUUUUAGGCGCUCUGCUACUGCAGCUCGCGACUUCAUUAGCCCUGGGCUAUACUCUCUCCCGUCGGUCCAGUAACGGCCACUCUAUCGUCGGGACCUCCUACUACUGUCUAUAUCCAAACUCGGGUCCGACGACACGGUUGCCGCGGACGAGCCCAUUAGGCUUGAUCCCACUAAUGAUUUCAUCUUGCUCCGAAAGCUGCCUUCCUCAGGAGAACAGGGGAAGACGAAAAAGAAAAAAGAAGCAACCAUAUUCCCAUCCUGGUUUAGCCGGAUUAUCCAGUCAAGUUGUCCAUCUUCCCGGCACUGCACGCGAAGAUGGAAAUGUGCGAAGGAACCCAGAGGACAGUCUAACAUCAUACCCUCCUCCACCUGUUUGUUGACAGUUAUUCGGUUACAGAACAAUAAUCUGCAUCUGCAUUACCGGUGCCCCGGCAAGUCAGAGCCCUAGUAAGGCCGCGACUGUCAUGGGUCACCUCCCUCCUUGCGGGAUUUCCAAGUAUCAUGUUCCUCCACGGCUCCUUUGAAAGCAAUCGUGCUAUCUAUCAGAAACAACCAUCUACAGCCUCAACUGGUCGAGCAGUGCGGUAGUCGCAACGCUUUGGCCACGGAUCAACCUGGGCGCAGGGAAUUGGCGCUUUGAACGCCCAAACUGCAGUGAGGUGAAACGAAGGGUUGGCAGUGCCAUGUCCAAUGAGACCUUGGCUCUCGCAUUAUUGAUCAGCUGCACUGCAAGACUUGUGUGGACAACCUUGCAGCAGCAGGACGAUCCACCAUCUCUGAUCGUGAUGCUGCGACACUAUUCUAGGUCUCUCUCAUCAUUUCAACCGCCCAGAGUUCCUCAUUGCCGGGGGCCACAGAACUCUUUUCCAAAACGACAAUCCUCACUCUGCGGAAAAACAUUUUGGUGUUUUCGAAUCUCAGCUGACCCAUCCGCUCGACGCGAAGGAGGGCGCCAAUCACUACACCAGUUCAAGACAGCGCUACUGCGUGUGAAGUGUCAUCCUUCAUGCAAGACAAGCUCGCGGCAUGGCACCUCCGGCAAUAGUAAUACGCUAACUACCUGUAGGUGGUUAGGAGGGGCCACAUCAUUGUUCUAUGGUUUUCCGCUGUGACCUUCACCCGUUCGCGCAAAGAUAUAAAAGGUUGGUUUUCAAAGAUCAACAUGAUACUGGAGGGUGGUCGGAGUAAGGUACACUGGCAUGGUACUACUUGACCAAGCACUUUCAAGAAAAUGCAUGGGCACCGGUGUUAUCCUGACCAAGAACUGCCUGCGUACACCUAUUUGCGUGGGCGAAAGCGCUUUCAAAGUGGAAAUAACUCGGGGUCUUGAACCAUGAACACAACACAACAGCGCCGCUUGAAGGUGAAACCUGCAUAAGAUUCUCACAAGGGACGAGGGAAAGAAAAGAGGCGAGACAUUGGCUGGAAUUUCUAAAAGAGCGUUCGCAUCUUGGAAGCAUAUUUCCUCUCAGCCUCCAAUCCUGACCCUUGGGUGAUACUAGUACAACUCACCGACAGGCACACAGUUCUUGCACUUGUAUUUGUAAUCUUUUUGUGCCGCUCAGAGAUGAAAAGAUACAUUUGUUUCUCUGGGAGCAGGACCUUGUUCUUUUAUUGGGUGAUCGUCUCCGCCGCCGACUUCCCGUGCCAGAUGUCAUCUGGGCCGCCUUGCACACCGCUCAUAUACCUACCUAGGUAGGUAGGUAGGCAUCACUUUGGACGGCUUUUUCCCGAGACCAUGUUCGGCAUAACUAUGGAUGACCCCUUGUUGCAGGGGCUCUGAAAAUACAGGGCUGCAUUGACGAGAGUCUUGGUGCUGAAUGUGAAGUUGUCGCGUGGACACGCAGAGCUCAACUCCUUCCGGUCCAAGAGGCGAGUCUAUUCGAGCCCAACAUUGACAGCGCCAUGGCUUGUCCGCUUCAAGCUUGUGCCUCGAUGCUAGUAAUUGCAUCAAAUCGCAAAAGCUCAAUACAGGGCCCCCUUAAUCUCACGUGUGGCAUGCUUGGUAUUC